AAGUGACAGCGAUCGCUACAGACUAUAAUACGGAUAGUAUGACACUUGUCGGUGAAACAUGACUGAAAAUGCACGACGCCAGUCGCUUCAUCGUUAUUAAUUCCGUGCUCCGUCGCGCGACGAAAUUGAAAGCGCUUCCUCCACCGGGAAAGUCGGAAAAACACGAGGGAUGCUGCGCGCGAUACGCGGCCGGUUGCCUUGGAGAUCCCCACCGUUUUCACUUCGUGUUACUCCUAGUCUCGGGUACAACUAAAAAAGAAGGCUUUUAUGUGUUUGUAUUGGUUUCUGAGAGCCAAUUAUGGUGUCGUUUUAACCCCAUAAGUGUAGAGGGACGGAAAAGAAAGCACCUUACCGACUGCCUGAAUUCUGUAUUACUAUUAUUUCCCACGAAAACGGCGGAUACCAGUUCCGAGUCUCCACUCGGCGACAGCGGACAAAUGGGAAAUUUCGAUAUACAGCCAGUUAAGUGCCACUGAGAGUAAAAAGAAGAGGCUCUCUUCAGCACGAUCUUCAUAUAGAGUUGCACGGCAGCGACUGGCUGCUACUCACAACGGUGAUUUCACUUUGUCAGAGAGAAAUCCUAAACUGUCCAUCGGCCAUACUCUGCUCCAGUCGCGCUGCGUUUCUCUAAACACAUGGAUUUACGACGGCCUUCCCUGUGCUGAUGAAGAAAUAAUUCAAGGUUUCUAUAACAAAAUAAGAAACUGGUAAACAUGAGGACAGCAAGGCUUGACUCAUUUCUGGGAUCUAAUGGCGGCUUACUUAGUCAGUAGACCUAUUUUCAUUCAGGCUCCCCUGACUCUGCAUUAGUGUGGCAAUAAUAGAGUGAAACUCGAAAAACAAAAACAUCUGAAUUACUGCAAGAACAUUCAACAGAAUACACAAUAUCUGCCUUGACAGAGGAGGAGGAUCUGGAGGUCAGCUGGACUGCAGAAUGUUCAUCUAUUUCAGAAGGAUCAGAAAACUUAAAUGUGUGCAGCUGACAGCGACGUGCUUCGUCUUCUCCGUUGUAAUGCUGUAUUGGGAUCAGCUGGACAACAACGUUGUGAGCCACAUGAGGUCCUACUCAUAUCGCUACUUAGUCAACAGCUACAACUUUCUCAACAAGAGCUUCUCUGUGAGCCGGGAAGUGGCAGAGAGCUUCGCUAACCACCGUUACUUAAUCAAUCGCAGACAUAAGUGCAGGGUUAAGGACUUGCUGCUGCUGCUCAUGGUUAAGACUUCCCCAAAGAACACGGAGAGAAGGGCAGCCAUCCGCUGUACUUGGGGAAAUGAGACGUAUGCACGCUCAGAACUCGGCGUGAAUGUGAGGGUAGUGUUUGUCCUGGGUGUCCACCCCAAGGAAUCUGAUCGGGCCCAACAACAAAAACAGCUGGACCAGGAGGACAGAGAGUACGGGGACUUAAUCCAGCAAGACUUUGUAGACACAUUCCACAACCUCACCAUCAAGCUACUCCUGCAGUUUCAAUGGGCACACUCAUAUUGUAGCCAUGCUCAGUUCCUUAUGUCCGCCGAUGACGAUGUCUUCGUGCACAUGCCCAACCUGGUCCACUAUCUGCAAGAAAUGGGCCGGAGAGACGUCCGGAACUUCUGGAUUGGCCGUGUGCACCGCGGAGCCCCACCCAUCCGCCGCAAGGAUAGCAAGUACUAUGUUCCCUAUGAGAUGUACCCCUGGUCCACUUAUCCAGACUACACGGCAGGUGCUGGAUAUGUGGUGUCAGGGGACGUGGCUGCCAAAAUAUACCAGGCCUCGUUAACCCUCAACGCCACACUCCACAUCGACGAUGUAUUUAUGGGGAUCCUCGCAAAUGUGAUGGGUGUCUCCCCACAGGAACACGCAUACUUCUCAGGGGAGGGAAAAGCCCCAUACCACCCUUGUGUAUACCACAAGAUGAUGACCUCACAUGGACAUGUGAAAGAUAUCCAUUACCUCUGGAAGAUCUCCACAGAUCCUCAGCUCCAAAAAGCUAACUAUGGACUCUUAGACGACCUAUAUUGCCAGGUAGUAAAAAUAACACUGUUCUGUAAACCAUACUAUUUUAACACCUACCCUUGCAAAGCAGCCUUCUUGUAAUGUGUGAAGAGUAUUGGUUAGUCGCAUGCUUUUUUCAAAUAUCAUAAUAUCAAAGAAGAAGGGGGGGGGGCUUCUGUAUUUUCACUUCGCAUUUAUAUGGACAUAUAGUUAAAUAAAGUGUUUCUAGGAACCUAAUCUGCCCCUCCAUUAGCCAUGGUUCAGGUUUGGAGCAUCUUCAGUCAAAAAAAGUAAGAAUAAGUCCUAGUGGGUCAUGCAAAAGAAGAGUCUAAGGAGAAUAGAACACAAUCUAGACAUACUGCCAGUCGUCGGAUGAUCAUAAUUUUAUUUAUCUUUCGAUGUCAUUAAAUUAAACUGAUUUAAAAGGUU